AUUUAUCAAAGCGGUGGAUUGUUUUCUUCGCGGCCAACUAAAAUAUUGUUUUCAUAAUAGAAGGAAAUCCGGUUUUAAGUAAAAUAAUGUGUUUUUCGUAAUAAUAUAUUAAUUUUAAUAGUUUACCGUUAAUAUUUUUGUGAAAUUAUCGCUCUAAUAUAAUUUAAGAAAGAAAAAAUGUCUAACAAUCACAGUGAAUCACCAUUAGAAGAUGGUAUUUUACAAAAAAUGCAAUAUAUAAACUUGAAUCAAUCUAGAAAUGAAGUGCCCGAUCCUAGAUACGGUAGGAUUUUAGUAAAAAACCAAGAUAUAACGGGUUAUCAACAAAGAUUAACGUCAAUUGAUAAUGUAGGGUUAGGAUAUGGUGAGAAUUACAAAAAUUAUGCUACCAUUAAACAGAUUGAGACACAAAAAGGUGAAGAAAAUGAUGUUUAUGUUCAGUGUGUGAAACCGUUAAGUCCGACUCACUCACAUAGUGGUUCUUCCCAUCAUUCUGGGAGUCCUCGAGCUAGUAUUGCAAUAAAUCCAGGACCGUUAUAUGAAAACAUUGAUUAUUACGCUGGUAGAUCCACUGCUCCACCUUAUUACCAUCAAAUUCCACAAAAUAUGAGUAAAGCUCAGCCUCAAGUCCCUGUUGGAAGUAAAUUAAUUCAUAUUAACAAAGAAGAGAAUCCUCAUGUUUAUGAAAACAUUCAUGAAUUUACUCACAAAGCUACUCCAGGACCUCAAGUAGCUUCCGGACAAGCCCCACCUCCAUACCCCCAACCAAAUUACACACAACAACAACCCAUGUAUUCACCCAUGAACUCAAAAGUAACCAAAUCAUCUCCAAUUUAUUAUCAACAACAAAAACCGAACUUUUCUCCUCAAGUUUUAGAAGAAAUUAACGGUUCUGAUUAUGUUUGUAUGACUGGUAAUGUAUCGCAGACGUUAAGUACAAAUACUCAGUUUCAAACAACAUCAGCAAAAAAUUAUGAGCGUGCUCCUACCACUGGGAUUGCUGGGGCACCAACUUUACCACCAAAAGAAGUUAAAAAAACACCUACUGCUCCACCAUUGAUGGAUAAAGCAGACACAAGAGCUCAAUCAGCAAGUCCUACACCAAGUGUUUUAAGUGGUAAAUUAAAAAUGGGGGGGAAAAGUCUUUUGGCAUACAAUGUUACUCCCCCGAGACCAAGAGGACUUACCGAAGCACAAAGGAAAAUUGAAGAAAUGACGCGACAAAUCGAAGAGGAAAUGGAAAAACAUGAAGAGGAAGGAGAAUAUUUUGGUAUUUGUCAUACUUGUGGCGAAAAAGUAACGGGAGCUGGUCAAGCGUGUCAAGCAAUGGGCAAUUUGUACCACACCAACUGCUUUAUUUGUUGUUCUUGCGGCCGAGCUUUACGCGGAAAAGCUUUCUAUAACGUUCAUGGUCGAGUUUAUUGCGAAGAAGAUUAUUUGAAGUACUCCGGAUUUCAACAAACCGCCGAAAAAUGCGCUAUUUGUGGACACCUAAUCAUGGAUAUGAUUCUUCAAGCAAUGGGUAAAUCUUAUCACCCAGGUUGUUUUCGUUGUUGCGUUUGUAACGAAUGUCUCGAUGGAGUCCCAUUUACCGUGGAUGUUGAUAAUAAAAUUUAUUGUGUCAAUGAUUACCAUAGGAUGUUUGCCCCAAAAUGUGCAUCAUGCGGAAAAGGUAUAACUCCUGUUGAGGGUACAGAAGAAACCGUUCGUGUUGUUUCAAUGGAUAAAGAUUUCCAUGUCGAUUGUUACAUAUGCGAAGAAUGUGGAAUGCAACUUACUGAUGAACCAGAUAAGCGUUGUUAUCCUUUGGAAGGACGCUUAAUGUGUCGUAGUUGUCAUAUUAACCGAUUACAACAUACUCCAAGGCAAAUGCAUUCAGUUUCAGCUACAUAUCAAUAUACUGGAUAAGAUUGCUUUAAGUGAUAAUUAAAGAAACGAAAAAAAUUAGACGUUCAAUAAUACUAUAUAGAAAAAUUAGAUGUUAUUCUUAUUAAGACAAGGACGGUAAAAUCUAAGAGAACUGCUACAUGGGUGGGUAGGCAAGUACUAUUUCACACUUUGAAUUACCAAAUGCUUAAUUUAUUGUAUUCGUGUUUUGUAAUGUUGUUAGUUUGAGACUUAAUAUGGUUCAUAGUAUAAGAGAAAAAUCUUAAUCAAGUUUAGCCCCGAAUUUACUAAUUGUAGUGUUAGUUCAAUAACAAUAUACUCAAUUCUGUUUUUACACGACAAACGUUCUUAAAAAUUUUACGUAAAAAUUGAUAUGGUAUUUAUAUGAAAGUAAGGGAUGAAUAGGCUCAGAAGAAUGGGCUAAACAAUUGUGAUUAAAGUGGGUAAAUUCAUUUUUCUUAAUUUGCUUUUAUUUAAAACUGUUGUGAGUAAAACUUAUUCAAAUUGAUGUUUUCAAGGAUUUCUUCAAUGUUCUUGUAGACAUGGAUGCCAGAGAAUCUUUUGCAAGCUAAAGUUACUGACUUUCUCUCCAAGUUUGCGUCUAUCUACUAUUCGUGCAAAAAGUCAAGGGCUCUCAAUUUAGAGAUCGAUAUUUUCGCCACCGCUCGAUAAAAAAAAUUGCGACAAAGUUUGUUGUAAACACUGAACAUUUUUACUACGUAACAUACCGGGUGUCCCUCAAAAGAGGCUCACCCCCAUAUUUUUUUUUAUUAUUAGUCAUAUA